UUAAAUAUGGUGUGUUAUUAAUUAACCAGUGACCAUGUAUAAAUGUUUUUUCCUGUACUGAAAGGAUUAACAUUCUGUUAGUAUAAUAAGCAAUGGACAGUUCAUUGUAAAAUCUGAUUAAAAUCUGAUUAAAACCCGUCAUCAAUGCAUAACUAACUAACUAAUAACUCUUUAUUCACUAUUUCAGUGGUUCCCUGGAGUCUCCUCUAUAAGAGUUGCCAGAACGGUUCCUCAACACCAGCUCCUGGAUGGUCCACACUUACUUUUAAUUGGUACACUCUAUCUGCUGGUCCGUGUCAGCUUUAAAUUUGACCAUACUUGGUUGCAGAGUUUCUCUGCAUGUUCUCCCCGUGUCUCUGUAGGUGCCCCUACACCGUGUUAUUGUUCUAGUCAUUUUACCUCCCAAAGGAUGCCAGUAGGUGGAUUUACUAAGACAAACUGAAUUCGAUUUACUCAGAUAAAUUCACACCUCUAGGUGUGAAAGAGUGUGAACAUGGUACCCUGUGAGGGAUUGGUAUUUAAUUCCAAAGUGUAUUCCCACAUACUUAGAGUUCCUGGGAUAGGCUCUGGAUCCUGGACCCUUACCAGGAUAAAGCAAUUACUGAAAAUGAGACAGAGUGAGUUACUUUUUAUUUUCUUAUUUGAGAUAUAUCACCUGUGUUGGUCAAUUUAUGUGUAGUAUGUUAGCAGUUAUGUCUUGCAACACAAACACAGCCAUAAGCAUACAUUAUAAAAUGCUGCUCAAUGUUGCCUUCUCAUCAAUGGAUUUAGUAUAAUUUAAAAGGAGUUAGGCCUGUAAGUCAUCUCCAUUAUCUGGAUGAAAUUCUUCACAGUUUAGAAAGAUAAACAUGUUUUCUUUUAACAUUUAAUUUCACAUGCUUUCAGUGCUUCCUUGAAUGAUACCACAUUUUGUUUUCGAGACAUGCUUCAAAAAAGCUUGUGCAUGUCUGAUUAGAUAAGCUACCCUGGACUCCCCCCCAGUCCCCAACCAAAAACAAUAUAAAUGCAGAAUCACUUAUAGCAGCAACACAGCCUGGAGAAGUUACCGAGCUCAAACCAUGCGCAGACUGGACCUAAUUCUGUUUCUGUUCUUACUGGUGAUCUCAGCUGGCCAUACUCAUAAAGCUGAGUCACAUAACCGGAUGUGUGGCUACAGAGGACUCUGCCGGCGUGUGUGCUUCACCCGAGAGUACAACUCAGGUCAUCAUGGCUGUCCUCACAGAUACAGAUGCUGUGCUGUUCGAUCUUAG